UCAGUUAUAAAGUACCACAAAUCUAGUUCAAAGAUAACCCAGAAUUUUUAUACUCAAAAUCUUUAAUCUAUCUUUCACCAAAUGAUACAAAAAUUUGACCGAAAUGAUCGCCGGAUUCUGAAAUUCCCGGCGGUUCAUCCCUGUGAAGGCAUUUCUCCAGCGAUCCUUUUGCAAUCUUUGAUCAAUCUUUCUUAUAACAUAUGUGGUUACCAAUCCAAAAUCUUCGCAUCUCAACGAAAAAACGCCCGUGAAAUUUUUCGCCAAGUAUCAAUUCUUUUAAUGUUUUUCGAGGAUAUACAAGAACGUAGGCCUAAUGUUUUGGACUCUGUUGUUCUUAGCUUGUCUGAGCUUCACUCUACCUUUCAAAAAAUCCAGUUCUUGAUGGAAGAUUGCACGCGUGAGGACGCGAGAAUUUGGAUCCUAAUGAAAGCGCAUUUUGUGUCGAACCAAUUCCAGGAUUUAAUUCGGGCUAUUGCUACUGCUCUUGAUGUUCUUCCAUUGCGAUCAAUUCAUGUAUCGAAUGAAGUUAAGGAGUUGGUCGAAUUGUUAUCGAAGCAAGCAAGGAAAGUGAAAAUGGAGCUCGAUGAAGAAGACGAAAAUGCUCUGAAGAGAGUGAUUUUGAUCUUAAAUCAAUUCGAGAAUAAAUUCGAGCCAGAACCUUGCUUAAUCAAGAAAAUUCUUGAUUAUCUAGAUAUUAGAACAUGGACAGAUUGUCAUAGGGAAAUCAAAUUCUUAGACGAAGAGAUUUCCAUGGAGUACUCGAAAAGUGAUGGGAGGGAAGUACCUUUAUUGAGCAGUUUAGUCGGUUUCUUGAAUUACUGCAGGGCAGUUCUGUUCGAGGAUUGUGAUUUUCGAUAUGUUGAUCAAUCAGAAGUGAAGAGUAACCUGGAAAUGUUAAGUUGUUUGAAUCUUGAGGAUUUUCGCUGUCCUAUAUCAUUCGAAUUGAUGACUGAUCCGGUAAUAAUCCCGACCGGCCAAACAUACGAUCGUGCUUCAAUUCAAAAAUGGCUGAAAUCUGGGAAUUUGAGCUGUCCUAAAACCGGGGAGAUGCUAACAAGCACGGAGUUGGUGCCUAAUACCAGUCUACGCAACCUUAUUCAACAAUUUUGUGCAGAAUAUGGAAUUUCUCUGUACAAAUCAAGAAUGAAAAAUCGCGAUAUAUCAAGGACUAUUUCACCAGGGAGUCCAUCUUAUGCAGAAGCUAUGAAGUUUCUAGCUGAAUUUCUCGACCGGAGGCUUUAUUGGGGUUCGAGUUAUCAGAAAAACAAGGCUGCGUAUGAAAUUCGGUUGCUGACUAAGUCGAAUAUAUUCAACAGGUCUUGUUUGAUCGAAACCGGCACUAUACUGCCACUCGUGAAAUUACUUACUUCGACUGAUCCUUCGACUCAAGAAAAUGUGAUUUCUGCUUUGUUAAAGCUGUCGAAAGAUUCGUCUGGCAAGAAAGAAAUUAUCGAAAACAGGGGAUUGAAGUUUAUUGUUGGACUUCUUAAAGAUGGACUGAAGUUAGAAACUAGGCAAAUUGCAGCUGCAACAAUUUUCUAUCUGUCAUCGGACAAUGAAUACCGCAAGUUGAUUGGAGAACAACGGGAGACUAUCCCAUCCUUGUUAGAUAUCAUCAAAGAAGGGACGACGUGUGGGAAAAAGAACGCUGUUGUGGCUAUUUUCGGAUUAUUGCUCGACCAGAAGAAUCGUCAGAGCGUGCUAGAAGCCGGGACAGUACCAUUAUUGGUAGAAUUAUUAGUUUCUUCAUCUGAUAAAGUCGAACUCAAAACAGAUACAUUAGCAGUUCUUGCUACACUCGCAGAUAGCAUAGAUGGAUCCAUAGCGAUUAUGCAGGCCUCGGGAUUACCCUCGAUCAUGAAAUUGCUGCAGUCGAUAACAUCGCCAGCAGGGAAAGAGUAUUGUGUUUCGAUUCUACACUCUCUAUGCAUCAAUUGUGGAGUCGAUGUUGCGUCUGUUCUGGCCAAAGACGAGUCUCUCAUGUCGGCCCUUUAUGCUCUUUUGACAGAAGGGACGUCUCACGCUAGCAAAAAAGCUCAUUUGCUGAUCAGGAUCCUGCAUAAGUUCUGUGAAACGAGCUCAUCUCGUUUAAUCCGGGGGGUUAGACAUGAACAAUUUGUUGAUGUGAGGUAAAGUCUGUCUAGAACUUUUGUUGCAUUCUUGUGUGAAUGUGUUUAGAGUGGUCCUUUUGUGUUGAUUUUUUUCUUUUUCUUGUUCUUUUUUUGGCCACAUACAGUUUGAUUUAUGUGGUGAUAGGCGUAUAGCUCUAUUUUUUGAGAGCUGAUACUUUAUGGGACAUUGCUUUUGGAACUUGGAGAUUAUUUUUUUGUCUGUAGUUCUCAAUGAAGUGUGGCAUCAUGCCCUUAUACUUAAUGUAGAUUGAAGGUCGUCUUGAUUUUAUUUA